UAUGUUUGAGCCAAUAUUUUUUUACCGACAUAGCUAGAUUCGAGUGGUUGUUCUCUGUUUGCCCAACCAGAAUUAGUAGGACUUCCAAAUAUAUAUAUUUUUUUCUUUUUUUCUUUCCUUCUUUUUUAGUUCUAUUCCAAAUGAGUGAAAUUUCAUGCAGGACGGAAUCUGCCUUAACAUUUCACACAAAUGUCUUCUCCUAAAUCCGACACUGAGAAGUAUUAUACUGAAGUUCAGGAAAUUAUACUUGCUAGAUAUAAUAAAUCUUUUGACUGGUCCCUGAAGGCAAAGAUGAUGGGAAAGAAAGCAAUAGAAGCUGCUCGGGUCUUUGUUGAAGAGACUGGGAUCAGUGAUUCUCUUACUGCUGAGGAUUUUCUUGUAGAAAGAGAGGCCAUGCUGCAGAAGUUGUUUCCAAGUAGCGAGAUCAUGCCAGGGGCCAGCCGCUUGAUCAGACAUCUUCAUGCAAAAGGAAUACCAAUUUGCUUGGCAACAGGUUCUCACAGGCGGCAUUUUGAAUUGAAAACACAAAGACAUGGUGAACUUUUUUCAUUGAUGCAUCAUGUCGUUCUUGGUGAUGAUCCAGAUGUUAAACAAGGCAAGCCAUCACCAGAUAUAUUCCUUGCUGCUGCCAAGAGAUUUGAGGGUGGCUCGGUAGAUCCACAUAAAAUUCUGGUGUUUGAAGAUGCGCCAUCUGGAGUUAAUGCAGCCAAGAAUGCUGGGAUGUCUGUGGUUAUGGUUCCAGAUCCAAGGCUGGAUAGUUCGUUUCAUGAUGCUGCAGACCAGGUUUUGAGCUCGCUACUGGAUUUCAGCCCAAAUGACUGGGGCUUGCCUCCAUACGAGGUUCCUGCAAGCUAAAAACUUGGAUGUCCAUCAACAUAUUGCAAUGAUUGCCCGCCCCAACUCUAAAACUUUAGGCACACCCUGAUUCAUAUUUUGUGAGAAUUUCAAUCAACACAUAAUUUAUCAUGGGUUGAUAUUCUUGAAAAAGUAAUAUUUAAAGUGGAUUGGAUGCUUUGAGAUUGAUGGAGGAGUAAUGCUACAUCGCAAGCCCAGCAUACUCAUUUUGAAAAAAAAAUGAAGUCUAUUAUUAAAAAAAUAAUUUUUUUAUUUAGAUCUCAUAUUUACCUUUUUUUUUAAAAGAGUACGCUAGACUUGCACACUUUAAAACUGUAAAUAUCAUUUCUUUUAAUCGAAGUACUGUUAGAUGGUGUAUUA